AUGUUGCUGGCAGAAGAGCAGCCUGAUUUGAUUGAUUCUCUUGAUCUCCAAUGCAAAGGGAACUCUAACAAUAGUCAUUGCUCUAGAAAAAACAGUCUUCAAGAGAAGGGAGAUGAGCAUUCAGUCCAUGAAAGUCUGGAUUACUUGCCUUCACACAGUAACAUUUAUAAGAAGUGGCUGCAGGAGCAAGCCUACAGAAUGGAUUGGGAUCGAUGGUUGGUGAUGGGGACCAUUGGAACAGCAAUCGGAAUUCUGGGUUUCCUGACUCACCAAAUAAUUGAUUACCUCAUCAGAUUAAAAUGGGGCCUGGUGGAAGACUAUCUUCAGAAAGGCAACUUUCACAUGGCCUGGAUUUACAUGUUGGGAAUUGGACUUGCAAUGAUCAUUUUAUCAUCAGGAUUAGUUGUGUUCUUUUGUCCAACAGGUGCCCCAAGUGGAUUACCUGAAGUCAUUGGUUUUCUGAAUGGAGCUUCUAUUCAGCAAAUUUUUAAUAUUAGGACUUUUGCAGGAACAUUUGGCUCUUGUGUUCUAGCUGUAGCAUCUGGACUCUUCUGUGGACCAGAAGGUCCUAUGAUUCAUUUGGGGGCAAACAUAGGUUAUGGAUUGAGCCACUUCAGACCAAAGAUUCUUAGAAUUUAUUUUCCUUCCAUCAUCAGAUUUUGGAAUACAGUUGACAGAAGGAAUUUUGUUACAGCUGGUGCAGGAGCAGCACUUGCCUCUGUAUUCCAUGCUCCUGUGGGUGGACUUUUAUUUACACUAGAGGAGGUGGCCUCUUUCUGGGAUAUCAAAUUGGCCUGGCAAACAUUCUUCUGCUGCUUGAUGGCUGCUUUCACUUCAGAUUUACUAUCCUCUUCUCUCUAUGGGUUCGUAUACAGGGGUCAAUUUGGAUUUUUCAAAGCAGAGAAGAGGAUUUUAUUUUGGGUAAAGAACUUACUGGAUAUGAGUGUGUUGGCCUUUCUUCCAGCCAUCUUUCUUGGAGUACUUGGGGGUCUUUUAGGAGCUUUUUUUGUUUUCCUGAACAUAAGGAUUAAUAAAAUACGUCUGUGGUUCUUCAGCACAAUUCAAAAACCAUCCCUCAGAAAAUCAAUCAAGCUUCUCGAAUGUAUCCUGAUCCUUGUUUUGACUAUUACUGCUACGGUCUACUUGCCAUCUUUUUUUCACUGUACUCCUGUCAGGAGGCUGCCAGCAUCUGAUCCAACUAGUAAGUCUCAGAGCAGACAUCAUCUUAGCUGGCAAAUAUGCGAAUAUAACUGUAAACCAGCCACUUUACAAGAUAGAUCAAAUGAAACAGAAUUUUUCAACCAAACCUUCAAUGAAGCUGCUGCCCUCCUGGCAGAAAAUGGCAUGAAAGGAAUCAUGUACUUAUUCAGACGUGGGACUCACGAGGAAUUUGGAUAUCCCUCUCUUUUUAUGGCACUUCUUCUCUAUUUCUUGUUGUCCUGCUUGACUUCAGGCUCUGCUGUUGCAAGUGGCUUGGUUAUACCUAUGCUAUACAUAGGAGCUUUAUAUGGGAGAAUUGUUGGCUUGGUAUUAGUUUCCAUUUUUGGAAUUCAGACUGAUGAAAGUCAUGCAUGGAUUGAUCCUGGAUUGUUUGCUGCAAUUGGAGCAGCUUCCUUUUUCAGUGGUGUUUCAAGACUAACAAUAUCCCUUACAGUCAUCAUGGUAGAGAUCACAAAUGAUGUACAAUCCUUGUUACUCAUCAUGCUGGCUGUCAUGCUAGCAAAAAUGGUUGGUGACUGGUUUAACAUGUCUUUGUACAGUUCUUUACUGAAAUUAAAAAGCAUACCAUAUCUAGAUGUUGAACCAUUUGCCUACCAGAAUAAAAAUGGGUUAAAUCUGGAAUUGUUUGCUGCCAAAGAUGUCAUGAAGCUUCACGUCAGAGUCUUCAACUUAAAGGAAAACAUUGCUUUCUUGGCUCAGGUCCUUGCCAGCACCAGCCAUUGUGGAUUCCCAGUGGUUUACAAAUCUAAACCAGAGCAGUCCAAGGUGUUUCUGGGAACAAUUACAAGGCCUGAGCUCUGUAUGCUACUGGAAAAUGAGACCAUUUUUGAAAUGGAAGACACUGAGUCCCAUCCACCUCUUCUGCCCUAUCAGAAGAUCAGAACUGAAAAAUUACCCAAUCAGCAGUGGGUGACUGCUAUGUUGGCUUACUAUACUACAGACCCUCGGUAUCAGCAACUCUUCAUCAAUCUGGAUCCAUAUGUAAACAAAUCAGCAGUAUCAGUUCAAGCUCAUUUCUCACUGCAACGCACAUACAUCAUAUUUCGGUCUCUGGGUCUUCGUCAUUUAACAGUAGUUGAUUUGCAAAAUAAAGUUGUUGGCAUGAUCACUAGGAAAGACCUGAUAUCCUUUCAACUAGAAAAGAAACUGGGAUCCCAGAAAGCAUCACCCCAACCUCACUCAGAUGAUGAGCUUUUAGACUAG